AUGCUUCCAUCUCAAAUCUUGACCACUGGUCAGCUUCUGGAACAGCUCACACUGAACCAGCAAGCGCAAUCAGUGAAUGAUCUCAAUUUCAUGUGGGCCGCUUUAAUGAUUCAAAACUCUUUGGUCACACAGUUCCUCAAUUCUGCCUCUUUGUCGGCUCUCCCAAAUCUGAAUUUAUCCAAGUCAAAUCAACUCCAAGAAACUGACAAUAGCCAAAUGAAAAUUCAAACACCGGGGAAAGAUAGUAACUCAGCCAAAAUCACUGCAAAAUCAAACAAGCUCCAUGCGAACUCUCCAAACUCUGUAAAGAAACCACCCAACGCAUACAUCAUAUGGUCAAGAGAGCAGAGAAAGAAAAUUGGAAAAUACUCUUUCAAUCAGCCGAAUGGAAUCUCAAUGGAGCUGGGAACCCGUUGGAGAGCAAUGAGUGCUUCGGAGAAACAUCCAUACUUUGAAGAGCAGAAGCGGCUUACUGAACUUUUCGAGCAGAAUGUCGGAUUCAAAUACGAAAAUCGAGGUAGGCGGACGUUUUUGGUGGAUGGGGAAUUCGUUUCGAGGAGGGAAUAUAUGGCAGCGAAGAAGCGACAGAAUCAUGUUCUUGAGAUCCGUCCACCAACUUCCAAAUGA